AGAAUCUUCGGAGAAGAGAUUCAGAAUGAACAGCUUUGUGUCAGACUUUGGAAAACCUCUGGAGCCAGACAAGGUGUUUUCUCGCCAGGGCCAUGAGGAAUCCAGGUCUCUCUUUCACUGCUACAUCAAUGAAGUGGAACACCUGGACAGGGCCAAAGCUUGUCACCAGACGACAGCCAUCGACAAUGAUGUCCAACUCCAGGAAGCCAUCAGAAGCACUGGGCAGGCAGAGGAGGAGCUAAACAGACUCAUGACUUUUGACAUCCCUAACUUUGUGAACACGGACCAGAACUCCUCUUUUGGAGAGGAUGAUCUUCUGAUUUCAGAGCCACCCAUAGUUCUAGAAAAUAAGCCAGUUGCCCAGACCUCACGCAAAGAAGUGGGCUGAGACACAUGUUCGGUGCCUUUCUGAAGAUGUGGUUUCUGUCUUUGUAUGGCAAAAAAAUGUUCAUCUACCAAAAUUGUAUGGGUAUAUGAGAGA